GUCGAAUCACGUUGUUCAUUCUACACGAUUUGGGUUAGUCGAGUGACAAACGACUCCAUAACUCUGAAUAUAUCAAGGGCAAUCAUCAGUUCUAUUGAGUCGGAUUUGUGGUUACCACCGACAUUCACCAUGAAUAUAACCACUGUACAAAAUUACAUGAGAGUGGAUUAUGGUCCUCUAUGCACCUUAAACCGAUAUUCAUUUUGUGCACAUUUCAAAUAUUCUGUUUAUUUAAUGGGAGAUUGCAAUGUGACUUCGGUUAUAAAUUACACAUACCCAAUAUUUGUUAACAUCAGCGGUAGUUCAAAGAACUUUUCUGUCGAUAACAUGACAAUCGUUGUCUUACCAAGCUUUCCAAAUUACACUCAAAUAUUAGUUCAAUCUAAAUCGAAUAAUGUAGCAAUGCAACCAGGUGAAAAGCGAAUCAUUCCUAUCGAUUAUAUAUUCCCAUUGAAUUCGAACUAUUCCAAUUCUUCCAUAAAAAUUAUUGGAACUGAUAUCAAUAGUAGCAAUGAAUCCGUUAUCAGUAUCAUUAAUUUCAAUCUAAGUCUUGGUAGUAAUUUAGCAUCAAUAACUAAUGAUUAUUCAUUUAAUUAUUCAUCAAUUUACCAAACAAACCGAAUUGAUCAAUUAAUCAUUUACUUUAAAAAUAUUCGUAAUACUGGUACGUCAAGUGUACCGUUAAUGCGUAAUACUCUUAGUCUUUCAGUGGAAAUUCAACUGAGUGAUAGUAAAAGUGUAGAAAAUGGAACUAUUUGGCCAUUAAUAUUCACAGGUCAAUUCAAUAAUGUGAAAAAUCUUACCAAAAUAUUUGUUACUUGUUUGAGAAACGGUUUGGAAAAACCAUCAAUCAAUGUUAUUCCAUCGCAGUUGUCAUCAUUCACUCUCACUGACUGUCCUGAUAGAGAUCAAGUUUAUCUUCAAAUUAUAGUCCAUAUGAUGAGUGGUACAGGAUUGGAAUGUGAAAGACAAUCGAUAAUUUUAUAUUUCAGUCCACAAAUAAAAUCAAUCAGUGUAGUUAAUCAAACAGGUACUAAAAAUAAUCUUACACUGAAGACACCAUUGCAUCCAAUAAGUAAAUCAGUUCAAUUCCAAACUGGAUCAUUAUAUUUUGGUACAAAUUAUACAGUUAUAUUCAGUUUGAAAUACUAUUCAACAAUUAUUAGAUCAAUUGUGAAAUUUCCAGUUUUGAUCGAAAUUGUAUGCAAACCAAUUGAACGUGGCAGUGCAGUAGUAAACACUUGUUCACAACCAAAAUUUUUCAAAUUUAGAUCUCGUAUACAUGUUGCACUUGAUUAUACUUAUCCCUGUCAUUUACCACAUUUUACUGCAAUGAAACACUCCGUGGUACAGUUACCUAAUCGUCAAACAAAUACAUUUCUAAAUGUUGGUGAUUAUUUAUUUUAUUGUGGACAAGCGUUUAAUAGAAAAAGUUCACUGGUUUUAGAUAGACGUUGUUUUAUGAUUAAUAAAUUACCUGAUAGAAUAUGGUAUGAUAUGGGACCAUCGGUUGAACAGAUCAUAGCAUAUACAAAUCCAUCUGGUUUGUUGUUUGGUAUGGGAGCAAAUGGUGGAGGUGUUUUAAUGAGUAAGAAUUUUGGGAAGACGUGGCACACAGUCAACCCGUUCUUAUAUAAGAGAAACUUGAAUACGCCAACAGAAAUCAUCACUGCAGAUAUUGUGCCAUGGAUUUUAGUGACAGGAACAAUUGACAGUGCACUGAUGGAGUCAUUUUGCAAGUUACAGGUGGCUGAGCGAUGGAAUGUUUGCAUCAAUGCAAUUUACGCAAAUGAAUUUUUAUUGGCCAAUUGGACUUACACUUGUCCAAAUAUUCAACGUUUAUUUUAAAUCAAACAAUUAGUUAACAUGAAUAUCUCAAUUUUGUUAAAAUUAUUUGUAAUUUUGAAUUGUGCUGUAUUCAUUGUUGAUGUUUUAAUGUUUCAACGAAUUGUUAAGUUUAUUUCUACCCAUAUUUGAA